GCCACUUUUGGCCAGCAUCACCAGGCACAGGCGAGCGUUGCCGCCCUGCUGCAGACUGAUUUGGCAGACCCGAAAAUUUAUUCCUACGCGCGCGCAUGACCCCCUUUCAACGUCCCGAUCCUCGAGCCCAUCGUCCCACGACAUCGGCGCGCUGUGCUUCUCGAGCGCACCCGCCGGAUUUGCUUCAGCUACAGGAACAUUCGUUCAUUCCCCUGAGCGACAACACUACCCACCUAGGUCGGAGCUCCCGCCCAGAGCUCUCUACCCAGCCUCCAACAACACUCUUAUCCCACGCCGGCCUGUCCAUGGCCAGAGUGAUCGACUUGGACGCUUGCGACGUUUAAACUAGGCCCCGGUCGCCGCCAUGGGCACAAACGGAGGCAGCGGGCUGGGCGAGACGGGCGGCAUGAUGGGGAACAACGCCAACCAACCGCCAACCACCGAGUACACCCUACAAGGUGUCAUGCGCUUUCUCCAAACAGAAUGGCACCGCCACGAACGCGACCGCAACGCCUGGGAAAUCGAGAAGCAGGAAAUGAAGAGCAGGAUAGCCAGCCUCGAGGGUCAGACACGGAGAGCCGACGCGACACAAAAGGCGCUAAAAAAAUAUGUCACAAUCCUCGAAAAGAAGGUCAAGGACCAGUCGGCCUUGUUGAAAUCUGAUAAGCCGACCGAAGCGGAUCCUAAGCUGGAUCGCGCUUCGCUGCUCCAGGAGAAACUACGGCCGUCGUUGGAGAAACCCAGCGCGCCUUCGAUGGAGGGCGGCUCGCUCGAAGCCGGUCUCGCUGACGAAGAGGCCUCGCGCAACGAGCUGAAAUCAUUCCUCGACCAGUGUCAAGCCGAAUUUACCUACCUAAUGAUCACUCCUGCGAACCCGAUAGCCCCUAGAGAGUCUCCGCCGCUCCCGAUAAUCGAAGAUCUACGAGAGGGGGACGCAUUCGGCCAGCCGCUCUUGGACCAGUCCUACCAGCAGGGCUUACGACAGCAACAGCAGCAACAACAGAACAACGUCCGCGAGUACGUCACGGCACAAGCGCAGUCGCGCCCAGCCCCAGUCCCGAACAGCCAGGCGCCCGCACCUCCAGCGUCCGGAAACUUCCCGGUCAAACCGCUCGAUACCCAGCCCGCACCACUGGGCCGCAAUUCGAACACCGAACAUCCUCCCGCAGGGUACGGAAACUCCGCCGAGUGGCCAGCGCAGGGGCCCGCGCCUGUGAGGCCGACGACAGAGCAGGGGACCGAGCUGGUCAACCAACCCCAACAUAUAAACGAAACCGAAGAGAAGGGAGACGGCGCCGAGAAACGCACCGUGGAUGAGGCGGAUAGCUGGGAUUUUAAUGAUGGCAACUUCCCAGACACUGCUGCGCCCAAUCAGCCCCAACAGGCCUCAACCACCCGCCCAGAUACCGAUGUAUUUCCGACGGCGGAGAACAUUCCGCGAUCGCCAAACCGCGCACCGCUCGCACACCGGAGGAAGAGCUCAAGUUCAAUGGCCCGUAGGAGGAGCGCAGACCACGAGCUAUCCCUCAACGCCCUAGGCCCGAAGGCUGAAAGCUCCAACUUCAAGCUCAAGUUUGGUCUGCGCGGUCAUCUAGACACGGUCCGGACCGUGAUCUUCUCCGGCGGCGGAAGCCCCGGCGAACCCGAGAUCUGCACUGCCGGGGAUGACGGGACGAUCAAGCGGUUCCACAUUCCCGAUCGGCAUCCCGGGCACAUGGGUGCUAGCGGCUCCGACCUUGACGUCGUUGCAGACUUUACACAUCGUGGCCAUGCCGGAGCAGUCCUCUCACUGACAUCCUGGUCGCCGUCCCCGAACUUCGCAACAGGAGGCCGCGCGCAGGGCGACGGCUGGAUCUUUUCCGGCGGGCAAGAUGCAACGAUCCGGAUCUGGGAGCGCGGGAGGGUAGAUCCCAAGUCGACUUUGGACGGCCACACCGACGCUGUCUGGGGGCUCUGCGUUCUCCCGGCAAACUUGGGGGCCAUCUUCGGCCAGUCGAACGCAUACGGGACACCAGACCGCAUCUUGCUCGUGUCCGGGGCGGCGGAUGGCUGCGUGAAGGUGUGGGCAGUCAGCUCGCCUCCGCAGCUUACCUCGCCGCAGCCUACUGGUGGACGCCGCGCACAAGGCGGUCGUGUCAGGGGCAACUCAAUGAGCUCUGGUUCGGCCUUCCCCAACUCGCCGCAACCCACAACAGCCUCGAAUUCGCCGUGCCAUCAUACGCUGAUCCACACCAUCUCGCGCCAAAACUCGAAAGCAAGCCCGACAUGCAUCACGCCGCUAAGCCUGAACGGUGAAACCUUUGUGGUUAGCUACUCAGAUGCUGCCAUUAUUGUCUAUGACACACGCUCCGGUGAGGAAAUCGGCACCAUGGCAAGCCUAGAAACAUACGACGGCACAGUGUCGACCAGCGUGAACGCAGUCGUUGCGACGACCGCCGGACUGGAUCAUCAACCCCAUCAAGGUUUGAGCGAGGAGGACACAGCUGGCGGUGGGCCAACCGGCGGUGGUCGAGCUAUGGCCGGAUCCGGGGUCGAAGGUGUCAUCAUCUCCGGCCACGAGGACUGUUACGUGCGGUUCUUUGAUGCCAACAGCGGCCAAUGCACGUACAACAUGGUCGCUCACCCAGCCUCCAUCUCCAGCCUGUCGCUCAGCCCCGACGGUCGGGAGCUAGUCAGCGCGGGUCAUGAUGCUUCCCUGCGGUUCUGGUCGUUGGAGAAGCGAUCCUGCACCCAGGAAAUCACCAACCACCGUGUCAUGCGUGGCGAGGGCGUCUGCACCGUCGUCUGGAGUCAGGACGGCAAAUGGGUGGUGAGCGGCGGCGGCGACGGAGUGGUCAAGGUCUUUGCGCGAUAGUUUCCGCAACCACCCCGCUACGAGGAGGAAGAGGAGCUGGUUACCGUGCUGUUUUCGCGUACGUCACGCUCUGCGGAGAAUCGCUCAUGGGGCGGGGGUUGGGAUGCACCCGUGUCGCGCAUCCGCUUGUCGAGGAUGAAUAACGGAGUUGGGGGCUGAUACCGCUAAGAAGGAGGGA